AUGUCGAAAUAUAAAAUCAUCGUAGUAGGCAGUGGAUCCGUGGGUAAAAGCGCCCUUACAAUGAGGUACAUUCACCAAAAAUUCGUGGAAAGAUAUGAUCCCACAGUGGAAGAUAGCUACAUGAGACAAGUAGAAAUUGACGGUUCCGCAGUAAUGUUGGAAAUUAUUGAUACCGCUGGACAAGAGGAAUAUCGUUCUCUUACAGGAAUGUACAUGGAAAAGGGACACGGAUUUGUGAUUGUGUACAGUAUGACCGACAUUGAAACAUUCCAUGAAACAGCCAAGUACUAUGAAGAAAUUCUAAAAGCGAAAGAUGAAAAAGAAGGAGCCAAAAUCCCAAUCAUUCUUGUCGGUAACAAGAUUGACUUGGAAGACCAAAGAAGUGUAACCAAAGAAGAAGGAGAAAAUCAAUCCAAGAAGUUUGGAGAUUUCUGCAAGUGGAUUGAGACCUCUGCAAAAACAGGAGAGAAUGUGGACUCUGUGUUUGAGGAAUUGGUAAGAAUGAUUAAUACAGCAGAAGGAGGUGAAGAAGAGGAAGUUGAAGAAGCUGCAGCAGAAGGUGCACAAUCAAAGCCUUCUGCAGGUACAGCUGCUUCCGAUCCAGCUCAACCAGGCUCUUCCGAAGUCAAACCAGCCACAAAACCAAAGAGGCAAAAGAAAAAGUGCAUCAUCUUGUAA